GCGGAGGCCGUGCGCAACUUCCGGCUCGCGGCGGAGCAGGGCCACGCGGGCGCGAUGGUGGCCCUGGGCGCGCUCCUGCGCCACGGCCGGGGCGUCGCCCGCGACGAGAAGGCCGCCUUCGCCUGGGUCUCCGAGGCGGCGCGGCGCGACCACGUCGACGCCCUGUGGAUGCUGGGGGUCGCGCGCCUCGAGGGCUGGGGCGGCGACGUCGACCACGGCGCCGCGCGGACCUGGCUCCACAAGGCCGCCGGCCUGGGCUCGGCCGACGCGUUCCACUGGCUGGGGGUCAUGGCCGAGUACGGCCUGGGCCGCGACGGCCCGGACCUGAACGAGGCGCUCGAGUCGUACCGCGCGGCCGCGGCCAAGGGCCACGACGCGGCGAACUUCCACCUCGGCCUCGCCUACGCCUACGGCCGCGGCGCGAACCAGGACCUCGGGCGGGCCAUGCUCCUCUUCCAGGAGGGCGCCCAGCGGCGCCACGGCGGGUCCAUGUACUACAUCGGCCUCAUGACGCUCUACGGCCACGGCGUGCCCGUGGACUACGACGUCGCGCGCUACUGGUUCCAGCGCGCG